AUGACGGCGAGAACCUCUGAGGCCUCGGGGCUGUCGGUGCCGCUGCACCGCUGUCACGGGGCUGCCAAUAACGGCACCUGCGCGGAGCAGCUGAGCCUCUUCCCUCCUUUCUCCUCCACCCUCGCGCUCCUCGUGCUGGUCGCCGUGCUCGUGGGGAUCAUCCUCGUUUCCCUGGCAACGUUCCACUUCCACAAGAGGAAGCUCCGGAAUAGGAAGAUCCAGCGCGCGCAGGAGGAAUACGAGCGCGACAGUCGCAGCCCCGCGCGCGCCGUCGAGCCCGCGAGGCCGUGCGUCAUCGUCCGACCGGUGCGAUGCGAGGAGAAGCUCUCGUGCCAGAGCGCGGAGAUAAGCGGGGACGUCAGCGAGCACGAGGCGGCGGCGGCGGAGGAGGAGAAACAGGCGACGCACGAGACAGCUCCGCUUGACUGUUAA